AUGGCAGCUUCAUAUCCUAGGAGACAACCUUCAAGUCAAUCCUCCUCCAGCCAUGACUCGCGCAGCCGGAGGAGUAACGACUCGUACACAUCACACUCCACAGCACCCACCUCGCUUUACUCUUCACCAUGCCCCUCAGACCUGAAGGACUCGCCGUCAUCGACAGACACCGGAGCUUAUGCCGGCACCAAGUACCGCCAGAACGUCUACGACUCGCGCGACGAUGUCAGCCCCGCCACCUCGCUCUACCCGCGCUCGUCGGUCGAAACCUAUGCCUCGACCACGGCCUCUAGCGAAGAUGUGGAAGCUAUGUUCGCCGACGAGGUUGCCGACUAUGAGUGCGGCGCCAUCCCACCGUUGCCCAUCUACCGCCGCGAGGUCGUCGAGCCCAACGUCCGCGCAUCGACCCCCCAGGACUUCGCCAAGCUCUUCCCCUCGCUUAACCGCCUUACCAUUCGACAUGACGAGUUUACUUCGGACGGAAACAUGAACUUGCGCAUCGACACGGUGGUGACGGGACGGAGGAGGACCGCGAUCCAGCUCUUCCACUUGCGCAUGUACGACUUGGGGAAGCGGGAGUUCUCACUGCGGAGGUAUUCGCGGGAUUCUGGUCGGGAGGUCUGCAACUCAAAGCGCAAGUUCACCGAGCCUGCCGCAGCGAGGCCCAAGACGGCGGACGGGAAGCCAACGCUGAAGCGGACCAUGUCGACCGCCCUCAAGACGCUCGGUGGGGGGAAGCCGGUCUUGCGCCGCGCCAAAUCGGCCAUGACGUCGCCGAGCCGCCCCAGCACGGGCUACUCGACCAGCGAGGGCGAUGAAGACUUGUUCCACGACGGGAGCAACCAGUCUCGCCUAUCGCUCGACAGCCGACUGGGCAAGGGCAAGGCCCAGCGACCGGUGCCGACCAACACCAUCAAGCUCGAAUUCAGUAACUAUGCCCGCGUCGAUGUCAACCGCCGCGGAGGCAAGGGCAACAAGCGCUACGAGUUCGAGUGGUGGGGUCACCGGUAUAGCUGGAAGCGCUCUGUCGACAAGCAGCUGGGUCUGGUGUCGUUCCACCUGGUGCGAGACGGGAAUGCCGGCGCGCCGGUCGCACACAUCGUUCCCGAGACAAGGUCGCCGACCCAGGUUGUCGCCGACGACAGUGCCGGCGGAUGGGUUCCCCCUUGUUUCAUGUGGAUCGCCGACGAAGCAAUCGUCGAUGCUGUCACGGAUGUUGCUGAUGUGAUCAUGGCAACCGGACUCAUGACGCUUGUCGACGACUGCAUCAAAGAGCGGUGGCAGACUAAGAAGGCUCACCGCAUCCCGAUGCCGUCGACCUUCAAGUCGGUCAACUUCGAUGCUGUCCGCCCCAAGGCCAUCAUGCAGCACGUCUUCGGCCGCCGGAACUCGAACGACCACCAGCGCCCCUCGCCCCCCUCCAGCCCACUCCGGCACGCGAAUCCCGCCGCGGCGCAAUAA